CCGACCACGCGGAGUUGUAAAGGAGGCGGGGGCUGGCACAGAGAUAGGCAGGUAUGCCGGUUCGAAUCCGCCUUGCGCUGCACGGCUGUACCAACAGGCCGUUCUACCACAUCGUGGUGGCUCCGAGUAAAGCUCCAAGGAACGGGAGGCACUUGGAACAGGUUGGUUCGUAUGAUCCGAUGCCCAACUAUAACGGAGAGCUGCUUGUGGGUCUGAAUCUGGACAGAAUCAAGUAUUGGAUGGGGGUUGGUGCCCAGCCAACGGUUGCUGUAUACAAGCUCCUUAGCCUGUCAACCGAGGCUGUCUGUAUUCAAAUAGUGGUGUGCAGAACAUUGCGCAUGCGUGUACGAAUAACGCAGAGCAGUUUAAGGGCUGGUGUUAUGCCAAUACAUCCAAGACUAGGCCUGGAAGCCUCUCGGAAACGUGCCGCACCUUCUGGAGCCGAUUCACCACCUUCUGAAGCUGAACCACCUUCUUCUGUUGAAACGGAAAAAGAACUAAAUUAGAAGCAAACACAGAAGCAGCUCAUUUCGUGUAUAGAAACUCUUCAUAAAAUCAUUUUCAUGUUUUUGCACUCACGUUGUACCCGACACUUAGGAUCUUAUAUAGCCUUCAGGGGCUCCCUCCACACAAGUAACUGACACACAUACGCCGGGGCUCCAAAAAGCUGUUCACUUCCUGUAGAAAACUCUUU